CGCUAGGGGCAGCCCCGCGACGGCGGCGAGGGCGAGGCAAGAUGGCGGCCUCCUGGUGGCGGAGCGGCGGCGCCGGGGUGCUGAGGUUGCUGCGAGGCGGGCGGCCCGUGCCGGGCGCUGGGCUGGCCUUGCCCGCCCGGGGAGGCUGGAGGCUCCUGCACGGCACGCAGGAGCUGCUGGGUACACCUGCAAUUAAAGUUUUAAUGCCUGCACUUUCUCCUACAAUGGAAGAAGGAAACAUUGUGAAAUGGUUAAAGAAGGAAGGUGAAAUGGUGAAUGCUGGAGAUGCGCUGUGUGAAAUUGAAACAGACAAAGCAGUGGUUACCAUGGAAUCAAGCGAUGAUGGCAUAUUGGCAAAAAUACUGGUAGAAGAAGGAAGCAAAAAUAUACGGUUGGGCUCCCUAAUUGGUCUGCUGGUAGAAGAAGGACAGGACUGGAAACAGGUUGAAAUACCAGCUGAUGCUAGUGAUCCAUCUUCUCCGGCACGACCUGCAGCUGCUGUUACCUCAACUCCUGCAGGUCCAUCAGUUUCAGCCCCUCCUAAAGUGGAACAUCAACCUGGAAAACUGCAGUUUCGCUUAAGUCCUGCAGCUCGCAACAUUGUGGAGACGCAUGGGCUAGAUCCAAGCAGUGUUACACCUUCUGGGCCUCGAGGAAUCUUCACUAAAGAGGAUGCUCUUAAACUUCUGCAAGGGAAGCAGAAAAGUAAACCCAGUGAAUUGAAACCUGUGGUUUCUCCAGCUACUCCUCAGCCUUCUGCAGUGCCUUCUGUUUUGCCAGCAACAGCUGUGGCUUCUGCUUCUGCAAGGCCAAUAGAUCCACCAGUUUCUACACCAGGACAACCUGCUGCGCCGGGUACGUUCACAGAAAUACCAGCUAGCAACAUCCGAAGAGUUAUUGCGAAGAGAUUAACAGAGUCUAAAACUACUAUACCUCAUGCAUAUGCUGCUGCUGACUGUGACAUUGAUGCUAUUUUGAAAUUAAGAAGUGAAUUGGCUAAAGAUGACAUUAAAGUAUCUGUAAAUGAUUUUAUUAUCAAGGCAGCUGCAGUUACUCUCAAGCAAAUGCCAGAUGUGAAUGCAACAUGGGAUGGAGAAGGCUGCAGGCAGCUGCACUCCAUUGACAUUUCUAUUGCUGUGGCAACAGACCGAGGUCUCAUUACACCAAUCAUAAAAGAUGUUCCUGCCAAAGGAAUACAGGAAAUUGCUGCCUCUGCAAAGGCUCUAGCAAAGAAAGCAAGAGAUGGAAAGCUGUUACCUGAAGAGUACCAGGGAGGAUCUUUCAGUAUCUCCAACCUAGGUAUGUUUGGCAUCAACGACUUCAUUGCAGUCAUAAACCCUCCACAGGCCUGCAUCCUAGCUGUGGGUCGAGCAAGACCAGAGCUCAAGAUUGUGGAAGAUGAAGAAGGGAAUGAGAAACUUAAGCAGCGUCAGCUCAUGACAGUGACUCUCUCAAGUGAUGGUCGUGUAGUAGAUGAUGAACUGGCCUCAAAGUUUCUGGAAACCUUCAAAGCCAACAUUGAGAAUCCAAUACGUCUCGCCUUGUGUUGAACUCAGUGAAGAUUGCUUCCUGAUUUGACAGCACAGAACUCUGUUACAGAAAAACAACCCCAAGUAAGAAUAGAGAGAGUAAAUAGUGUGAGAUAGGCAGUUAAAAUAUUUAAUUUAUUAAAUUAACAUGGAAAAUAUAAAUUUUCAUGCUUUUAGUCAUUUCCAGUGACCAGUUUUUAUAUUGUAAAGCUGAAGACCUUAAAGUUAGCACAUUACGUUUCUUUAAACAUUUAGUACUAAUAGUACAUAACAUGUGCAUAGAAAUUAAAUUUCUUCUGUAAAGAAAAGGUUAAAAAAAUUAUAUAAAAUUUAAAAGGGAAUUGAGGUACUUUUAAGGGCUAAAUAUCUAGCUUUUACAGUGAGAUAAGCACGAACUGUAAUUAAGCAAUAUGCUGCUGAGUCCUGAUCAAUACUGAGGUUCUGGAGUAACUGAGUUCAAUUGCUGCAGUAGUUUCUUUCAGUUUGCAAAAGUCUUCUAGCACAUUUUACAAUCCAGCUUAGACUGAAGUAAAGUUUGUGAAAUUUUAACAAAGAUUUCAGUGAAUUCUGACAUAAGAGCAAAGGAGUUAUAAACCAAUUAAAGGUUUUGUUUAGUUACGUUUACAUUGCAGGUUUAACUAUUCUUUAUCUUCUUUACUCUAAGCUAUACUGGGCAAAGUGAGAUGAGUGUGGAGAUGAAUAGGGAAGAGAAAUGACAGGAAGUUCUGAGAAAGACUAAAUUAGAUCUUAGAUAAAAAUGUAAUUUCACAGAAUGUGAAGUAACCUGAUGGAAUCUACAGCUACAUUUAUAUAAUUAGAUCUCAUUAAUACAUUUUUAAUAAGUAGCUGAAUCUAUCUUUUUUCAGUAUUUUAAGAUUGCUGCUUUAUUUCAUACCGUGCAGAGGGCGGAGAUGGGAAUAAACUUGUCUGAAAUGGAUGAUAUCUCACUGGUUUUAGAUUUCAUUGAUUCUAGUUUGAUGUCACCAAUAUCUGAGGAAAAUAGAAUUUUGUGUACCAGUUAAUUAGUAAUAGGUUUUCUUUGGCUUAAUUUAAAAAAAAUAAAUAAAUAGUCAUUGAAUUUAGCAGCUGUCCCAACUCAGAAAUCUUCUUCAGUACCACAAAAUAUGAAAAAUACUGUUUUCGGGUGUUCAUUGAUAUACUUAAUUGUUAACUUAAAACCCAAGGCAAUUGUGCCAGCACUGUUGUGAUAGAAAAAGUGGCUUUGAUCAGAGGUUGCAGUAUAAAAGGUCAUUUUUUGCACACUGAAAAUUUGCUGAUUAAUUCUGUUUUUCCAAUGCAUUAAUGAUGUAGGUAUAAAAUAAUCUGUUGUUAGCCAUGUAUUGAAUGGUAACUCAGCUAGAGGAAUGUAUUCAGUGGCAUGAAGCUUAAGUGAACAGAGAUAGUUUUCUUCCUAUAGAUAAAUAUGGAACCACUUGUUGUAUGUGUUUGUAAUGAAGUAACUGCAUUUACAGAACCUGAUUAUGUAAGUUCAGUUGAAUUCUGAGAGUCUGUAUUAUUCUGGUUGUUUUUGUUAAGUUUUGGUUAUUUUACAGAUUUGUAGGACUUGUUUAUUGAGCUGCUGCCGUAAUUAAAAAGAUAAUUGCAAGACAAAAACUUCA